AUGGAGUCCUGGUGGUGGGGUGAAGCAUCCGCAGCGGCUCCCCCGCCCCCGCCACCCACACCCACUACCAACAAUACUAGUGCGACCCCACCCACCGCCCACCCGGCCACCACCACCACCGUCCGCCGCCCGAGGCCAGCGCCCCCGAAGCCACGUGUGGGUGCCAGGGGGAGGGGCUUAGGCCGAGGGCGGGGCGGAGGGCGGGGCGAAGGACGGGGAGGGGCCUGGCUGGUGGAGGCUAAAGGUGGCUGCUGGGGCUCCGGCCCGCCCCUCCUGCACCUUCACCAGGAAACCUUAGCUCGAAUGCGGCAAUUGAUGGGUGGAUGGGGCGGUACGGGGCGGCCGGGCGGCACAGCUGCCCCUCGCCGCCCACACCCCGGAGACAACAGGAGCAACAACACCUGCUGCUGCUGCUGCUGGUGUUGUAGUGGUGAUGGUAGUGCGGGGACGCUCUGCGGGCCUCCCACCCACCCGCCCUCCCCCAACCUCCAGGGCAGGGCCUGGGAGGGGGGCGACCGGCGAGUGCCACCACCACCCACCCUAGGCACGCACGCCCAGGGGGGCAGACCGGCGAGUGCCUCCACGCCCCCUCCCCGCAGGUCUCCGCUCACCUAUCGUACCACACUAAAACAAGAUUAG